ACUUUGCUAGUACAGUUGAUGUUGAUUAUAUACGAUCUUUUGAAAGUGUUAUAUCAAGAUUCGAUAAGCAAACAACAAUCGGAAUUUACAUUACAUCAGCAAAGGAUGGUUAUUCGAGCGGUGCUAUAGGAAGGGCCAAAUCAUCAGAAUAUUAUUUAUUACUGACAAACAUACCUGAUCUGUGUCAGGACAUUCCCGAAUACUUGUCUAAAGUAUUAAACGAUAAUUCUGUCAAGGAAAAGAUUUAUAGGAUUGAAGAAAAGGUAGAUGAGAUGAUUGAAAUUCUUGAACAUCAGGAGAAGUUUAUACAUAAAAUUAAAAACGAUCGAAUCAAAAUUGAAAAUAAGCAAAUUAAGUUGGAAAAAAAUCAAAUUAGAAUAGA